GGCAUCGGGAAAACAGUCUUAACACAGAAGUUCACUCUGGACUGGGCUGAAGGCAAAGCCAACCAGAACAUCCACUUCACAUUUCCAUUCACUUUCAGAGAGCUGAAUGUGCUGAAAGAGGAGAAGUUCAGCUUGGUGGAACUUGUUCAUCACUUCUUCCCUGAAACCAAAGAAGCAGGAAUCUGCAGCUUUGAAGACUUCCAGAUCAUCUUCAUCUUUGAUGGUCUGGAUGAGUGUCGACUUCCUCUGGACUUCCACAAGACUCGGAUCCUAAAUGACCCUAGAAAGUCCACCUCAGUGGGUGAUCUGCUGACAAACCUCAUCAGGGGGAACCUGCUUCCCUCUGCUCGCCUCUGGAUAACCACACGACCUGCAGCAGCCAAUCAGAUCCCUGCUGGGUGUGUUGACAUGGUGACAGAGGUCAGAGGGUUCAAUGAUCCACAGAAGGAGGAGUAUAAACUGUCUCCUGCUCAGUGGUCGGCUCUAGUCUUUAUCUUACUGUCAUCAGAAGAAGAUCUGAAAGUGUUUGACCUGCAGAAAUACUCUGCUUCAGAGGAAGCUCUUCUGAGGCUGCUGCCAGUGGUCAAAGCCUCCAACAAAGCUCUGUAA